UAACCAAAAGCCUGUGUCAGAGCAGGCAAAGGAAUAGAAGCUGCACAAUGGAGUGCUACAUCUUUUCCAUACUGUUCCUGAUCUUGACUAUGGAGUGUUCAGCGAGCAACGGAUUCUUCAUCUCAGCCCCCAAUGUGUUUCAUUUGGGUGUUAAUGAGAAAGUGUUUGUCCAGAUGGGAAACUCUUAUCUUAAUAAUCCUGUGACUCUUUACCUGGAGCAUGAGACUACCAAUACUCUUGUGUCUGGGAGGAAAACCACUCAGUGUACUACGGAAGGGGAGAUCAAAACAGUUGAGCUCAUGAUAGACAGGGACAUUAUGUCAAGAUUUCCUCGACAUUUGAAACUGCGCUACCUUCUGCUGGUGGCAGAGAGCCCUUCCUUCGGUAUCAGGAAGAAAACAAGAGUUCUGGUGUCAAAACACAGGGGCUAUAUCUUCAUUCAGACUGAUCAGCCUAUCUACAACCCAACACAGAAAGUUGGGUACAGGGUUUUCACUCUUGACCACACAUUGAGGCCUCAUGAAGAAGUGUUCCAGAUAGAAGUAUAUAAUGCUGAUGGAAAUAGAGUAAUGAAGUCCCUAAAGACUGCCAAGGGAGGAAUAUUCCAAAGUACAUUCCCCAUACCUGAUGUGUCAAAAAUGGGAACAUGGAAGAUUACAGCUCACUAUGACGAUGAUGAAGCAAAUGCUGCUUCCCGAGAGUUCAAAGUCCAGAAAUUUGUUUUACCGAGUUUUGAGGUGAACAUUGCAAUGGAGCAGAGCUAUAUUUUGUUGGAGGCAGAACAGUUCGACUUCUCCAUCUUAGCAAGGUAUUCACAUGGCGAGAAAGUUAAAGGGGCUUACCACUGCCAAUUUGGAGUGGUGAAAAAAAAAAUUAAAGCCAAUGGCCAGAAAAUGAAACCUGAGUUUAUCAAAGGACUGGAGUUAACUGGUUCGGUCAACGAUGGAGCUGCAGAAGCUUCUCUCCAGAUUGCAGACUUAAAUGAGCGCCUCCAAAAACAGCAGAACAAAAACCUCUCAGAGUUACAGCAGAGUGGAGCACAACUCUACUUGAGAGUAUUUGUUACCAACAUACAAAGUGGUGAAAUACAAGAGGCAGAAGUUUACCUUCCUAUUAUCUCCCAAAAAUACACCAUGGAUCUCUCUCGAACUCGCUCAUAUUUCCUUCCUGGAUAUCCGCUUGAUGUGGUGGUUAUCGUGCGUCUCCCAAAUGGGUCCCCAGCAGCUGGUGUGCCAGUAAAGAUUGAUGUACCAACUUCUUCAGAGGAAUCUUGGCAAGGCACAACCAACCAAGAGGGGGCGGUGUUUCCUGUCUUUAAUAUUCGAACUGAAGCUCAGAUGAUUGUUGAAGUGUCUGCAGAUGGCCAGCUACAAAGGAAAGUAAUUCAGCCUGCUUCAUCUCCAAGUAACAGCUACCUUUACAUAAGUUUUACCAACAAGAUGUACUCUGUGGACGAGUUACUAACAGUAACUUACAACACCAUCAGUGGCCAAAAACAAGGGUUUAUAUACUACAUGGUCUUAAGCCGGGGGAUCCUAAUAAAACAGGGCUCUCUCGUAUUGGGUACUUCAGUCAAAGACAACCUGCAAAUAACAUCUGAUAUGGUGCCAUCCUUCCGUCUGAUUGGCUACUACUACAACGAGCAUGGUGACAUCAUUGCGGACUCGGUGUGGGUAGAUGUCAGGGAUGAAUGUGAGAUAAAAGUCAAGGUAGAACAAAAAGGACCGUCCAUACCUGGAGAACAGUCUGAGCUAGAAUUUGAUUUAUAUGGUCAGAAAGCCAGAGUGGCUUUGCUGGCUGUAGAUAAGGCCAUCUACGCUCUCAAUGCAGAUAAUAAACUCACAGCCAAACAGGUGUUUUCCUCUAUGCAGUCAUAUGACCUUGGUUGCUCAUACAGCGGAGGAUCUGACCCUGCAUCUGUACUAACAGAUGCUGGCCUGUCAUUUGUAUCUCAGUCCCAGGCAAAUUGGAAAAAGUACGUUGGCUGUCGUUCACAAGCUGCACGACAAAGGCGUGCAGUGGACCUUCAACAGGAAAUGUUGACCUUAAAAUCAAACUUUUCCAAUGAACAAUUGCAAGAUUGUUGUCUUCGCGGGUUUUCUCUCAUCCCUAUGAGACGAACCUGUCAGGAAAGAGUGAAGAGAGUCUCUCUGGUGGAGGAAAAUACUGCAUGUGCAGAUGCUUUUUUAUUAUGCUGCCUUGAAGGAGAGCGUCUGAGACAAAAAAGGAUACAAGAGGACGCCCAGAAAGGACUUGGCAGGACUGCAGACCUAACUGACAUUGAUCAAUUCUUCGGGGACCCUGCUGCUCAGUACAUUCGACGAUUUUUUCCCCCAAGCUUUGCAUUCACAGAAUUUGAUGUCAAUGGGAAACAAACGUAUCCUUUGACUCUACCUGAUUCCAUCACCACAUGGGAGAUUCAGGUCGUCACUUUAUCUGCAGCCUCUGGUUUCUGUGUAGUUAAGCCUACGGAGGUCAGAGCAUUUAAGAGGGCGUUUGUUUCUCUGCGACUGCCUUACUCAGUGAAGAAACAUGAGCAACUAUCGAUUUCGCCUGUUAUCUACAACUAUGGCGAUAACAUCCUAAAGGUAGCAGUUCAUAUGGAACAAACUGAAGGCCUUUGCUCCCCCGGCUCAGCUACCAGUACAGCUUUUGUGAACAUUACUGUGGAGAAGGAGUCUUCCCAGUUUGUCUCCUUUUCUGCUGUCCCCAUGGUAACCGGCUUAAUACCCAUCAAGAUACGUCUCUAUGACAUAGAGAAUGAGAUGGGAAUAGAUGCAAUUGAAAAGACUUUGAAUGUGUUGACAGAAGGACUAGAAAAGAGAGAACAAGAAACCCACGUGAUUAAAUUAGAUGGGAGAAUCUCAAAAACUUUUAAUAUUAGCGGACUUUUACCAGAUAACAUAGUCCCCGACUCCACCUCCAAUAUUUUCAUUUCAGUGGAAGGGGAUGGAUUUGGCAGGUCACAUGCAAAGAACCUUCUCUCUCCUGAGAAGGUUGCUGGACUGAUCGUAUUGCCUAUAGGAUGUUUAGAACAGACAAUGGUAGGGCUAGCCCCUACAUUGUCAGCCCUCCGCUACCUUGACUUGAGUGAUCAAUGGUUCAACCUGCCUGCUGGUACCAGAGAUGAUGCCCUUGAUAAAAUCGAGACAGGUUAUAUGAGGAUUUUAUCAUACAAGAAACCCAACGGUUCUUAUGGACCAUGGUCUUCAGUGAAAUCUAGUAAUUGGGUGACAGCCCUAACAGUGAAAGUGCUAUCGCUGGUGGCGGAGCGUCAGACAGCGGCUUUUGGACAGCAGGGCAGAACGGUUAGGGUUGCACCAGAACAACAGAUCAGGCACUCAGUCAGUUACUUGCUCUCAGUACCGAAGACUGAUGGGUCAUUCGUUGACCGACAUCCAGUACUACACAGAGGAGUUCUGCAGAAAGGCAAAGACCAUGAUGCAUCUAUGACAUCGUUCAUAAUUCUUGCACUGCACCGGUCGCUUCAAUUCCUGCACUCCGAAUUGAGAAGUAAUGCGGAAGCAAGCAUUGCCAGAUCAACAACAUAUCUCCUGUCGCACCUUGAGGAGCUUCAGCAUCCCUAUGCUGUUGCCAUUACAGUCUACUGCCUCGCAGUUUGCCUGCCAAAGGGAAGAGAUCAUUCAUCUGCCUGGACAAAACUUCAAACACUGGCUACUGAAGGGACAAAUGGCUGUUAUCUGUGGACAGCGAAUGCAAACCCACAGCAUCAAGCGCAUGUAGAAGCCAUCACAAUAGAGACUACAGCCUAUGCCCUCCUAGCGGCAGUGGAACUUGGGCAUACCAAGUGGGCAGACCAAGCAGCCUGCUGGUUGACCUCCCAAGAAAACUAUUUUGGAGGCUACAGAUCAACACAGGAUACCAUCAUGGCCUUGGAAGCCCUGGCAGAGUAUGAGCUAAAGAGGUUCGCCAGAUCUGAAGUAAAUCUAAUAGCAGAGUUCUCAGUCCAAGGAAAGCAAGACAUUGUAAAACUUGCAUUGGUAAAUGGGAAGGAAAAGGUGGAAACGGACCUUAAGAAAUUUUCAGGGAACACCAUUAUGGUGCAAUUGACAGGAAAUGGCGAAACCAAGCUUAAAAUCGUAAAGGCUUACCAAUUGCUGGACCCCAAGGACGAUUGUGACCAAGUGUCAAUCAGCGUCACAGUGGAGGGGAAAGUGAAAUACAACGCUGAGAUCAUAAAAAACUAUGAAUACUACGAUGACUACUAUAACGAGGAAAAAGAUGUGCGUGUGCCACGAUCAGCAAUCGAGUGGUUUGAUGCUCGCACCCGAAACAGGAGAGAACUGGAUAACAACGUAAAUUCAGACGAGGCUGUCACCUACAGAAUCUGUGUCAGUCGAAGCCUGAACAGCAAUCUCACAGGAAUGGCUAUUGCUGACAUCACACUUCUAAGUGGAUUUGAGGCUGAAACUCAGGACCUGGACAUGCUACGAGAGAAACCUGAGCAAUACAUUUCCCAUUAUGAGGUCUCCUAUGGAAGAGUGCUGCUCUACUUCAAUGAGCUCUUUGAAACAGAGGAAUGUAUUAGUUUUGAUGCAAAACAGAGAGUACCAAUUGGUCUUCUACAGCCUGCACCAGCUGUGUUCUAUGAUUACUAUGAACCAGACAGAAAGUGUACUGUGUUCUACUCCGCCCCCCAAAGAAGCAAGAUGGUCUCCAAACUGUGCUCAAAGGAUGUGUGCCAAUGUGCAGAAAGGCCCUGUCAUAAAAUACAAAAUACAUUCCGAUCAGAAAGUAGUCAGGGAAUCACAAAGAAUGACCGCUUGCAACAUGCUUGCUUCUUCCCUACAGUAGAUUACGCAUACAUGGUUGAAGUCCUCAAUGUUUCCAUGAAGAGUAACUUUGAGCUGUACACAAUGAAUGUAAACGAGGUACUCAGAUCACAUGGAGAUUUCCCUGUGAAUGAGAAUUCCAUUCGAGUGUUUGCUAAGAGGCGUCAGUGUAAAGGCCAGUUAGACGUGGGAAAACAGUAUCUCAUCAUGGGCAAAGAUGGCUCCACAACAGACUCAAAUGGAAUGAUUCAGUAUCUGUUGGAGUCAAACACCUGGGUUGAAAGAAAGCCUUCAGAAGAACAAUGUAAAAAAUCUGCACACAAAAAUACCUGCAAAGCGUUUAAAGCGUUUACAGAUGAGUACAAGAUAGAUGGCUGCGUACAGUGAAACGGAAAAAUCAUUUUAAUUAAACUUUCAUUUUCUGUUUAGUGUUACUCAGUACAGUUAUUUCCCAUGGGUUGCACAGUCAGCAUGGAUGUUUAGAGCUCUUUUUUAAACCGUUUGUAAUCAUGAAAGCAUUAAUAAGAACAUACAUACGUACUGAGACAUCAUUGCUUGCUAGAUAGUAGGUGAAUGAUUGACUCCACUGUAGUAUCAUUUUAAAAUGUACUACACUUACAAUGUAACCAUUAAUCAUUUCUUUAUGUCCAAUACAGCUACCAGUGUUUAAAUAAAAAACACCUCUUAAUAUUUGCAA